UCCUCCAAUCAAAUUGUUCCUUGCAAGUUUGUGGUCCAAUCGACGUAAACGUAGGAGGGCGCUAAAAUGGAUGACGUUCCUCCCCAGCUCAUUGUUGUGCGUUGCGAUGAUCGCUGGAAGGGGAUGCAGGAAGGUCUCACGUUAACGUUAACGAAGUAUUACUUCAUAGAAUCAGUGAUGAACAGGAUUCGGAUCCACGUGCUGCCGUCCAGCAGAGGUCGAGUGACUCAAGCUGCUCGUGCUCAAGAACCUCGGAUCUGCUCUUACACCCAGAGACCCUGUUCACAGCCUCGCCUGGAGGGCCUAGAGUUCUGCAUCAAACACGUACUUGAAGAUAAAAAUGCUCCCUACAGGCAAUGCAGCUAUGUGUCCAACAAGAAUGGCAAGCGCUGUCCCAAUGCAGCCCCUAAACCAGAGAAAAAAGAGGGGGUAUCGUUCUGUGCAGAACAUGCACGCAGAAAUGCUUUGGUGCAACAAGCUCAAAUGCGGAAGGCAUCCGCUUCAGGACCUUCCCCUGAAGUGCUGCUGUCUCAGCUCAGUGGCUACAGUCGGCCAGAAACUGGAACUCACAGUCAAGAGGGCCGUAGUGAAGCUAGCCGCAUACUAGAUGAAGAGAGUUGGAGUGAAGAGGAGCAGGAUCCUAUUGUUUUGGAUCAGACAUGGAGAGGAGACCCUGACAGUGAAGAUGAAAGUCUUGACAGUGACCACGAAGACCCUUUAAAGCAUGCGGGUGUGUACACAGCAGAGGAAGUGGCACUCAUCACGCGUGAAAAGCUGAUCAGACUUCAGUCCCUCUACAUAGACCAGUUUAAACGUCUGCAACACUUAUUAAAAGAAAAGAAACGACGCUACCUGCACAGCCGCAAGAUUGAACAUGAGACAAUUGGGAGCAGCCUGUUAACGGGUCCAGAGGGGCUGUCCAUGAAGGAACGAGAGAACCUGAAAAAAUUAAAGGCUCUGCGACGUUACCGCCGUCGCUAUGGUGUGGAGGCCUUGCUGCAUCGCCAGCUCAGACAGCGAAGACAAGCAAUUACUGAGGGAGGAACGCCACAGGCAAUGCGUUUAGGCCAGAGAUGCAUUUCCUUUGUGGAAGGGACUCGCUGUUCAAAUCUGUGUCUGCCAAUGACACGACAUUGUGUCUCUCACAUUUAUCAAGACAGUAGCCAAGUUUUAUUCAAAAUGUGCCCUGGUCUGAAGGACGUUCCAUGUGAUCGUCCUGUGCACAUGGGACAGUCAGAAGAGCCCCGCUGUCCUCUGCACCUGUCCCUGCCUCCUCCCAUGUACCAGCCUGAGCAGGAGUCUAUUGCCCCGGAGCAGCUGCCGUCUGCGCCCACAGACAUGUACCUCAGUGCCGCAGAGCUCCAGCCAACAGAAAAUCUACCUCUGGAAUUCAGUGAUGAUCUUGACGUUGAAGAUGAGGGUUUGCAGUGUCCCCCGUCCCCCUUGCUGUUCGACACAGCGCUUGCAUUAGAAGACCAGACCAUCAGAGAGAUCGCCGAGGCCCCCAUGGACAUUCUGACAGGGGCGGAGCAGGGCGAUCUGGAUGGCUCUUCCCAAGAUGCUGAGUUCUCAGAAAGAGACGAGGUGUCUGUGGAAGGUCAGGUUGAAUCUGAAAUACUUGAAGCAGUUGGACAAGCAGUUCCCAUGCAGAAUUCAUCAAAGGACUCUGACACGAAAACAACAGAUGCCUUAUCCUGAGCACCUCGUGACCUGAUUUUCUCAGCUGUCGUACUGUUGAUAUUUCAAACAGUCCAGAUAUCUAUUUAAAAGCCAUAUUUCUGGAAGUUUGCUUUGAUUGCUGAAACAUUUUUAACCUAGCACAUUCUCAUUUCUUAAAAUAGUACCAUAGCACAUGUUCUGAUAUACU